GACGCUGGAGUCGGAGCACCCCCGGGACAAGGGUGGGAGGAUGCUGGGGGACCAGCUGCAAGGGAGCACUACUGAGGGAGUGGGCUGGGCGGAGGGCCGGCCCGGGCAGGCGGUGGUGGAGAGGCUGGGGGCUCGCUGCUCCCUCUGCCGGGGGAAGGGGAUCCUGGGAGACUCCAGGGGCAGAACGUGCAGGAGUACCUAGAACAGGGUGAUGUGAGCGAGUCCCACUUGGGGGGCGCCCAGGCCGGUUGGGUGUCAGGAAAACAUGGAGGUUUCUGGACCCAGUGAGGGGAGGGAGGGAGCCCCACACCACCCAUAGCACUUGCUUCAAGCCUGCAGGCUUUGAGGACCCCCUGCCCAGAGGUUUCCUGGGGGCAGCCCAUUCAGGCCUGGCCUGAGUAGGGGGGCCUGGUCAGGCCACCGCUGGUGAGUUUGAAGGUUUGAUGGAUUCCUAGAGCCUGGCUGCACCUUGAUGGAUGGCCCAUGACCUUCUGUUUAGCUCCUAUGGAAGAGGGUCCCAGCCUCACAACCAGGGGCUUGUGGCACCUCUGAGGCUCUUGGUGACAGGCUGUCCCUCUCCAGCCUCAGUUUCCCUAACCAGUGGAGCCCUUGCUGGCCAGUGGUGAAAGUUCUGUCCUUUUUCCACCACUUGUGCUGGGUGACUGUAGCCAGCUCACUCAACAUGUCUGGGCUUGCUUUCCUGUUAGAGAUUCUUCCUUGUCCUCGGAGCAUUUGUGAGUCUGAGUUCCACAGAAGAAUUCCUCUGAGUUAUUUAUUCUAUCCCGAUCACAAAUGGAGGCCCCAAGUGCGGUUACAAAAACCAAAAAUGAUAUCCGUUCCGUGUUGGAAGAAACAGAAGGACUUUCUGUAAACACAUUCUGCCGAGUCUGGGAAUUUGGUUUACAUUGGAGGAGGUGACCUGGUUGCUCGGAGAUCAGGAGGCCAUCCAGGGAUAAAAACUUUGCUUGUGUAAUCUGUGGCCACCCACCAGGUGCCUGGAGGUUGACCACAAUGGAUGAAGGGCUGGAGCACUGGCUUUGGAGUCGGAUGAUGCCCCCUGUGAUCCUGCCUCCUGGGCCAUGAUGCCAGCUUACCUGGAGGUUAUGGGUUGCUUUGAGGGAGAAAUGAAAUGUGUGUGAAAGUUCCUUGAAAACAGGAAGCCACUGUAAAUUGCUGCAAGAUAAAGUUGCCUGGAGGGAGUGUGCUGAAGAAUGGGGGCCCAGACAAGCAACAAUGAAUGUUUUACAAGCCGAGGUGGAGGCAACAGAGAAAGUUGAAUUAUAACCAACGAAUACUCAUGAUAGUUAGGUGGGUUUUUUGUUUUUUUGUUUUUUUUUAGUUAGGCUGUUAAGCUCCAAGAAGGCAGGGUAUUAAUACCAUUAGUUCCUACUCUUAGGUGCCAAUUAGCUGGGCUAUUCCAGAAGGGAAGUGUUUUAAUUGCUUUGUUCACUGCCAAAGCUCCAGCACCCGGCAUAUAGAGGGUCUAAAACAAAUAUUGGAAUGUCUCAGGGCCUGAAGGGACCUUUGAGGUAACUGAUAAAUUCACUCUCCCCUUUGACUUCGGGAGAAACAGGGCCAAAAGGGGAAUGGACUUGUCCAAGGUCACACAGGGAGUAAGUGGCUGAGCCAGGACUAGAAUCCAACAAAAGCAGCGGAGCCAUGCUGUGCCAGAGCUAACGUCUGGCAUCAGUACCUUUGUUUUGCUUUCACCAGAGCCCAAGGUGAUUAUUAUCCUUUGAUUAUAAAUGAGGAAAUAGGCUCAGAGAGGUUAAAGGACUUUAGCAAAAUCACACAGCUGGUAAGUUUCAGACUUGACAUCCUAUCCCCACAUAAAAAUGGGGACAUGGCUUCACUUGAAAUAGUCUGUGGGAGUGGUAGGUGCCCUCCUUGGGGCAUCAGCUCCCUCCAAUUCUGCAUGGUCACCACCUGGGUGGCUUCUCUCAGGGCUGGAUUUUCCUGGGCCCGUGGGGGUUUUGUUUGUGUGGGUGACCCUGCCAGUGCAGGGAGGCUGUCUGCUUCAUUAAGCAUGUGGCCCAGCCCUGUUGCGUUUUGCCUGCCGUGUGCGCUAACAUCUCCGGGAUGGGUAUAACCCGGGGCUCUCCCUCUUCAGAGCCCCUUUACUACCCCAUCCCGACAACCCGGUCUUCUGUUUUGCCCACAGGUGCUUAGGGGACUUUUUGACCAUGUGUAUCAGACCAGGAGGAACAGGGGCAAGCCUUGGCUGAUGAGUUAGUCCUAACUUCUUUCCAUUAUGAUUCCUGGUGAGUAGGGGACAGAAGCCAGUCAAGUUUGCCAGACACCCAUCAACCAGGCCCUGGACCACCUGAUCUCAGCCCAGCUUUGCCCGCCUUGCUGUGUGAUCUCCGGUGAACACGGAUGGCAGCACGAACCCAGGAGAAAACAACAGGGGCUGCUGUGUGGAGCCUGGACUGGAAUGGAAAUGGCUGAGCUCCCUGACUGGCCCACGGCCAUGGCUGCGGUGGUGGCCCAGAAGCUCGUCCGUCUCCUGCCCAGUUGGCGGCAGGCCCACCAGGAGCCUCAGCCAUCCGAGCAGCCAGAGCCUGUGUUCACAGUGGACCGCGCCCAGGUGCCACCCCUCUUCUGGAAGCCGUACAUCUAUGUGGGCUACCGGCCGCUGCAUCAGACCUGGUGCUUCUACUUCCGCACGCUGUUCCAGCAGCACAAUGAGGCGGUGAACGUGUGGACCCACCUGCUGGCGGCCCUGGUGCUGCUGCUGCGGCUGGCCGUCUUCGCGGGGACCGUGGACUUCUGGGGAGACCCGCACGCCCUGCCCCUCUUCAUCAUCAUCCUUGCCUCCUUCACCUACCUCUUCUUCAGCGCCCUGGCUCACCUCCUGCAGGCCAAGUCCGAAUUCUGGCAUUACAGUUUCUUCUUCCUGGACUACGUGGGCGUGGCAGUGUACCAGUUCGGCAGCGCCCUGGUGCACUUCUACUACGCCAUCGAGCCUGCCUGGCACGCGCAGGUGCAGGCCGUCUUCCUGCCCCUGGCCGCCUUUCUCGCCUGGCUUUCUUGCACCGGCUCCUGCUACAGCAAGUACAUCCAGAACCCUGGCCUGCUGGGCCGCACUUGCCAGGAGGUGCCCUCGGCGCUGGCCUACGCGCUGGACAUCAGCCCCGUGGUGCACCGCAUCCUGGUGUCCCCUGACCCUGCUGCAGACGACCCGGCUGUCCUCUACCACAAAUGCCAGGUGGUCUUCUUCCUUCUGGCCGCCGCCUUCUUCUCCUCCUCCGUGCCCGAGCGCUGGUUUCCCGGCAGCUGCCAUGUCUUUGGCCAGGGCCACCAGCUCUUCCACGUCUUCCUGGUGCUGUGCACGCUGGCUCAGCUGGAGGCCGUGGCCCUGGACUACGAGGCCCGGCGGCCCAUCUAUGAGCCUCUGCACACCCGCUGGCCCCACAACUUCUCCGGCCUCUUCCUGCUCGCCGGGGGCAGCAGCGUCCUGACUGCGUUCGUCCUGAGCCAGCUGGUCCGGCGCAAGCUCGACCGGAAGACCCGGUGAAUGGGGGUGGCAGCUGGGAGGGAGGGAGGCGUCGGGGGUGCCUGGGGGUCGGGGCUUGGCCGCAGAUGGGAACAAGCCCUGGUAAAGCUGCUUGUGUCUGGCCUGUGGUGACUUUCCGGGAAUGCCUCAGCUGCCAAGGUGGUAGCGGCCGGUCCUUUGGGGACUUGGGGGUUGGCGGGGAGCGGCUGGGGCUCACCCCUGGGCCCGCCCCCCCUCCCUGCCCUGGGAGAGAAAAAGAGAUAAAAAUGGGGGCCACGCUGGUUUGCCUUCCCCCAUUGCCUCUCACUGGGGAUGAGGAUCAGGGGGUCAGCUGCGCCCGCGACCUUGGUUUGGAGCUUCUAGAUUUUCUGAGAGGGGGUGAAAGUGGAGUUUAGGCCAGAGUCUGCUUUGAUCUGAGAGGCAGAAGAGGCCGGAGCAAGCCCCCUCUACCCCGAUUUCACCGGUGGUUAGGAAAGGGGGGGGCUCCAAAUGUGUGCAGCCUCCCUGUACCAUUCCUUGACCUGCAGCCUGGAGUUUUAGAGUUCCGGGAAGUCCCCAAAGGUAGAAGAUUGUGCCAGGUGGAAAUGGAAGUGCCCCGUCCCUUCAGUCAGCCCCCCACACAGUGAGCCCCAGCCUUUCCAGCUCUGGCCUUGAUGUCCUGCACAUCCUGUCCCCAGCCUCUCUUCUGGUUUCCUUGAUCAUGGUUCAGGUAUGCGUCCAGUGUUUCCUGGGCCGCUGCUCACAGGCAGGCUACCAGUGGCCUGUGGACCAAUGCAGGAGUAUAAAAGCUUUACUAUCAGAAUGACUUGUCAGGGGAGGUGCUGAGGAAGGAAUAAUCAGAGCUGCCUGUGACCCUCAAGGUCUUGGGUUGGAAGGGUGAAUAGGAGUUUGCAGAUGGAGUGCAUUCCUGGUAGAGGAAGCCUAUACAGAGGCCAAAGAGGUAUGGAAGGAGGAGUUCAGUGGGGAUGGACUUAGGGGUGGUCUGGACUCUGAUGAAAUAAAGUGACUGUAAUGACACCA